AUGGAGAAGUACACAGACUCACCACCUACCUUGCAAGUAGAGCAUUCCUCCCUUCAGACAGAGAAUCUGAUUCUGCAGCCACAAAUACAGCAUCUGACUGAAGAGAGUCCUGAUCCGAGGGGCCAAGUCAUGCCCACCCUGGCCACCCCAACGAUGUCUGUACCCUACUCACUUGAACAUCUCUCUCAGUUUCACCAUGACCCUGCUAAUCUCUCAAGAUUUCUUGCACAGUUGGCAACUCUUAAGUUCCCCAAUCCUACAGAUGAUGUCCAAGUCAAGUUCUUUUUUGACUACUUAUCUCAGCAGAUGGAAAGUUGUGGAAUCAUAUCUGGGCCCAACCAGAGCACUCUGCUGAAACAAUAUGAGAACUUUGUCCUUGAGUUCCAGCAAUCAUUUGGAGAGCCUACAAAACAGGAAAUAGACCCUCUGAACAAAAAGGACCACUCCUCCUCUCAGAAGCAUGCUUCUACUUUCCAGCUCCUUGCUCAAAAUCUGAGCUGUAAUGAAACCAAUCUGAGUGGCAACUUCCAAGAAGGACUAGCUGACUCCAUCCAGGAUGAAGUGAGUGGCACAGAUAUGAUGGACAACCUUCCAGACCUGAUCACUCAGUGUAUUCAGUUGGACAAAAAACAAAGUGACAGGCCAGAGCUUCUUCAGUCAGAGACCCAGCUCCCAAUGUUGGCUUCCAUGAUCCACCCUCAAGCCUUUUCCAGCCCCACAGAUCUGCCACCCAAGGAAGAACCUAUACAGUUGCGUGGAAGCCAGCCACCUCUCACCCCAGCCAAACGAGCCCUCCAGCAAGAAGCUCAGUUGUGCCUCUACUGCAGCCAGGCUGGUCACUUCACAAGAGAUUGCCUUGCCAAACGUUCUCGGGCCCCAGCAAGGAUAAAUAACCCAACUCACCAGUAAGAGAGGAGGUCACUUUGUAAACUUAUAUCCCUCUCACCUCCAGCCUUAAAGAUUUAUAUCCUGAAUUAACAUUUAAAAUACAGAUGAGGAACUAUGAUACCACUUCAUAGACAGUCAUGAACUCAUGUGCUUCUGGGAAUUUAAAGAACCAGAUCUUGUUCAUUUGGUGACCUAUCACAAAAUCAAACCCAACCUGAUAAUGAUGAAAACAAUUCACAGGCACUUUUCUGCAAUUGGAACCAAUUCCCCAAGAGUACUGAAAGUCUGUAGGUGAAACUCUGGCUGAUCUGAGCCAAUGAAAACAACCGUGGAAGUGCACUGGGAACACCAUUCCCUCCAAUGGGUGAGAUCUGGGUUGAGUUUGUUGGCCUAAAUCUUCUGUCCCUAAGAUUAGGCCCAAGACUUUCACCCUCACCCUUAUUGGUCUAUAUUAUAGAUCCCUGUUGGUUUAGAACACUUGGUUGAAUUCCUAAUUGCAUUCCAUACCCUAUCAACAUUUUUCUAUUGGAGGCUGGAACCUGCUCCACCUAUUGACUAGAGUCCAGCUUCAAUACAAACCAAUCUUCAUGGAAACACAACUCUACUACUGUUCCAUACAGCUAUGUAUUUUGUUGCUAUUUAAAGACCUCUGCUUGCUCAAAAAAAAAAAAAAACACAAAAAAACAAAAAAACAAAACAACACCUGGAUCUCUUAGCUAUUGACAAACCAGAUGGCAUGGCCAUUUGAAGACUCUGAUUGGAAUUGUUGGUCCACUUCCUUGAGAACUAGCCCUUCAGGCACAUACAUGUUUUUAACCAAGCCCGACUACUUCCAGGUUACUCUCCUCUUCCUACAACAACUUACUUUAGGUUAUAGCAUGUAUAAUGGCCAAGUCAAAAUGGUCUAGGAUAAUGACCUCUGAUAAAUAUUAAUGAAAGUUGGGGAAGGAGUCUUCAUCAUAAUUAUUAUGUCUACAGCAUGUACUCCUGCCUUACCUGGCAGAUAAGGGAACCUGGUUAAAUAAAUCUCCACUGAAGACUUAGGGUCAGGCUCUGUAGUAGUUUCUGACUCUAGAGGCCUCAGUGUGAUCACCAUUUAGGAUCACUACCACUGAUGUUGAACUCUAUACCAUUAUGGACCACCUCUCAAGAUCCUCAUCUAGUUGAGAAUCUUGAAAAGCAAAUAAUGGCAGACAACUUUCUGAACCAUCCCAUCUGACAAAUCCUGGGGCAUGAACAUCAACACCAUUGAUAAAUAAAUCUCAAGAAGAAGUGGGGUUUGGUUGCUUGUGUUGUGCUCUUGGCACACAGGCACACACAUCAGCUCUGUGUAUGGAUUUCUAAUGCUUCUGAAGAAAAGUAGUGCCAUGCUGGAGAGACACAAUUUUCUAAAAUGUUAAGGAUAUCCCGUGACAAUUGAUGCUUGCUAAUAAUAAUCAGUCCUCUGUUCCCUGCUUCUUAGUGCUGAUGUAUGUCACCAUAAUUGAUUUCCUGAAGAACGAUCAGUAAUUCCAUAUUCCCUAGCAGCCAUCAAGACUGACAAUGAAAUGUCAUUGUACUUUGGCCUUGUUCCUAGAAAAUUAUGCUAACUUUGACAGUACUUAAACCCACCUAGGACCUUACCAUUUUCAUCCUGUAACACUAACAAAUAGAUCAUUUUUCCCAUCAGUACCUUGCUAACCACUGUGCCAAUCUUUAUUUGCAUUCACUAGGGGUCUCCUUUAUCACCGGCUUGCUAUACAUCCACCUUACUCCAUAUGCUCUCA